GGCCAGAACCAGAGGAUCAGCCCGUGCUCCACCCUGACCAGCAGCACUGCCUCCCCCCCUGCAGGCAGCCCCUGCUCCACACUCCCCCCUGCCAUGCCAGGCCAGGCCGGCAACAGGGACUGCGCCUACGGCUCCGUCACCAGUCCCACCUCAACACUGGAGAGCAGGGACAGCGGGAUUAUCGCCACUCUGACCAGCUAUUCCGAGAACAUGGAGCGAGGCGGCAAAUACGGCGAGGGCUCCCGGGCCAACCUCAAGCUGUGGCAGUCCCAGAAAUCAGGCAUGGACUCGUUCCUGUACAGGGUGGAUGAAAACAUGACAGCCUCCACCUACAGCCUCAACAAAAUCCCUGAGCGCAACCUGGAGAGCAUGUCCUCCCACUCCGCCCACUCCAUCCCUCUGUACCUCAUGCCCCGCCCUAACUCUGUGGCAGGUGAGUCCCUUCCUCGUUCCCUCCCUCGCACUCCCGUGAAAGGCAGCGGUUACCCGGCGGUGCAUGCAGCUUGCAUAUUCUGCCAAGAUGGAGCGCCGUCUCUGGCAAAAUUUGAAUUGAACUGCUGGUUUUCAGUCCUGUUCCUCCCUGUUUCCGACUCCUCUUCUCUCCUAUCAAGCUUUCUCUCCUCGCCUGUUUUCUGCCGAGGUGAACUGUGAUCCCUCCCUUUGAAUUCCUCGAUGCUCGACUGUGUGGUCCCCAAAUGCAGCAAUGAAACACCGUUGAAAAGAGAAGAAUAUAUUUGUGGUUUGGAGGAGCAACCUCGAGCAUUGUGGCGUCUGCAGGGUUAAAAUUUCUAAAGCCACAUUUCUGCCAGACGCUCCGUAAAAUCAUCUGUGAAAAGAGCCAAUGAAAUGCGGCGUUCCACCAGACUGGAAUGCCAUCAACUCGAGUUAUUUGGGUGUGACGUCAUUCGAAGCUCCGAGGUGGAACACGGCAUAAAGUCACUACUAUUACUACUAACAAUCCAGAUUUUUAAUACACAAAUAUCACGUGUUUUUAUAUAUUUGUGAGACUAGUGCAGUCCUCGUUCUUUCUUUCUGAAAAUCUCCUGAAUAUCUGUGAUAAAUCAGACACAGGCCUUUUGAAAGAGCUCCGUAAUGGUUUGAUGUGAUUCAAUUUGUUGUCAGUUAUUUAAAAGAAUCUAAAUAUAUGUUUAUUUAGUGAGGAAAUAGCUCGUUUUCAGAUAUCAUGGGGGUUACGUUGGAUUUUCGGGGAGCUUAAAAUCCGCAGUGGUAUUUAGCUCUCUAAACUCUCAUCCCUCUCGUGUGGAGUGAAACCAGAGAGCAGGAGGAUGGGAAAUAAAACAGCUUCGGCAGAACGUACUGCGUCUCGGAGAAUAUCGCAUAGGAAAGCUUCCAUUGCUGACAGGGGUCUUAUUGAUGUGUGCUAUUGUCGGCCGCAGCUGCCUCAGAAAGGCUCCCACA